GUCGUCAUUUCUACCAGCUCCUUCUGGUGUCUCUGUGUCUGCACAACAGCCCACAAUGGUGAGGUCACUGGCCUUCCAUCUGCUCCACCUGCCUGUCUGCCUCACUUUGGUCCAGCUGCUCACGCCCUGCUCAGCUCAGUUUGCUGUGGUUGGACCCCCUGAGCCCAUCCUGGCCAUGGUGGGUGAAGUCGCUGAGCUGCCCUGUCACCUGUCCCCGAAGAUGAGUGCUGAGUCCAUGGAGUUGAUGUGGGUGCGAUCCGGCCUCAGGCAGGUGGUGCAUGCAUAUGCACAGGGCAAAGAAGGAACAGAGAUAGCAGAGUAUCGAGGGAGAACGUCGAUUUUAAGAGAGGACAUCACUGAGGGGAAGGCUGCUCUGCGGAUUCACAAGGUCAGAGUCUCUGACAGUGGAACCUACCAGUGUUAUUUCCAAGAUGCCGAUUUCUUUGAAAAAGCCCAGGUGGAGCUGAAGGUUGCAGCCCUGGGCUCUGAUCUUCACAUUAAAAUGAAGGACAAUGAAGAUGGACGGAUCCGUGUGGAGUGCAUCUCUGCAGGCUGGUAUCCACAGCCCCUCGUAGAGUGGAGAGGUGAAGGGGGAGAGAGUUUGCCCGCCUUGGCAGGGCCUGGGACCUUAGAUGGAGAGGGUCUGUAUGCAGUCACAUCAUCUGUGAUCCUGAAAGCCAUCUCUGUGAAGGGGGUCUCCUGUGUCAUCAGAAACCCCCUGCUCAGCCAGGAGAAGACAGCCAGGGUCUCCAUUGCAGGCCCCUUCUCCUACAUGGUGUGGCUCUGGCCGGUGAUUGUGAUCGUGGGGAUGACCCUUGUGGCUCUGCUGGGGAUCCUGGUCGAGGUGGGGUUUUUCUGGCGACAGCAGAAGAGAAUCAAGGCCUUGAGCCAGGAGAAUGAGAGGGAGCGAGCUGAGAAAGAAGCAGCGCUGGCUGACAAGUGGCGGGAGCGAAGCGCCAAAGAGACGCUGGAGUUGGUGCUCAGGUGGACAAAGCAGCAGAUCAUGGCGCGUGACAGGUCUCAGGCCUAUGCUGACUGGAAGAUGGCCCUUUACCAACCUGCGGACGUGAUUCUGGAUCCGGACACCGCGCACCCCAAACUCCUUAUUUCUGAUGACCAGAGGAGCCUGAAGAGGAUAAAACAAAGGCAGAGCCUGCCAGACAACCCCAGGAGAUUUCAGCAUCAUUUCUGUGUGCUGGGCCGUGAGAGCUUCACUUCAGGCAGACACUUCUGGGAGGUGGAGGUGGGGGACAGGAAACAGUGGCAAUUGGGGGUGUGUAGGGAGAAUGUGGAGAGAAAACGUGAUGUUAAAAUAUCACCCCAAAAUGGAUUCUGGACUAUAGCACUGUUGAAUGGGCAUGACUUCCAGGCUCAAACCGACCCCUGGAGCAAACUCACAAUUGCCAACCCUCCUAAAAGAGUGGGGGUUUUCCUGGACUAUGAGAGUGGGGAGGUCUCGUUCUAUGAUGCCAUCGAUGCAUCAUACAUCCACACCUUCUCACAGGCUUCCUUCUCAGGGCCUAUCUUGCCUCUUUUCAGGAUUUUCUCAGAGGAGCCCACUGCCUUAACCAUUUGCCCAGCAGAAGAAUGAGUGGGGAGCUCCCUUGUGUCUGACCCACUGCCUGACCCUUCCCUGGAGACCCCAGUAGCCUCAGGAUCAGCUAAUGGCAAUGAGGACCCUCAGGUGGAAGUAAAGUCUUUGCUUCCCCCUGCCCAGCCCUGAGCUGAGGGCCUGCUUAACAGCCAAACCUCACAGCAGGAACAUACUUACAUCAGGAACAUAUUCACUAAAAACUCACUGAGUGAAGCACUUUACUAGUUAUCUUUCAAGUUUUCCACAUGACAGAUGAGGAGGCCAGGGUGCUGGAAGUUAAUUACCUUUCCAAAGGUGACUCAGCUCCCUUUCUGCAGCCAUAGCUCACAUUCACAGAUAACUUAGACUGUGGUGGAUGCUGGGCUCAAUGCUUUAUGUGAAUCUCACUCACCAAUCCUCACAACACCCCUAUGAGGUGGCCUCUUUGAAAGUGUGGAAAGGGAGGCAGGGCCCAGGGAAGUGACAUGUAAUUCAUGCAGAAACUAGUGCUGCUGGGAGGUGUUUGACCUCUGACCCUCCCUCUACCUCCAGUCUGUUCCUUUGCAGCCAGUUGUUCCUGUUGGGCAGGGUCCUGGGCAGCCUGAGGUUCCUUCCCAGGGCCCCAGGGAGAAGGUCACUGUAGGUGACUCUGAAGGCCAGACCCCACCUGGUUCCUUCAAGGGGGACUGUCAGAGCCAUGGUCCACUGCUCCAUUGGCUGGCUGUCCACGAUGACGUCGUCCACAGAACGAAUUCACAGUGACCACAUCACCCGAGGCUGAGAAGGGACUAGAGGCCAAAUUCUUAACCAGCUUGAGACCUGUGAUCAUGAUGCUGAACCAACCCUCCAGCUUCAUCCCUAAAGCUCAUGUGUGAGGCAUGAAUUUGGGGGAAGGGAGCCAGGUGAACUGCAGUGGAAUUUUUAUCACAUUGUAGCCCCAUCUCCAGGAAAGGGACCCUCCACGCUGAGCAUGUGUUCAUGUUCCCGGAGGUUCCUGUAACUGCUGGGUCCUGGGGAAAAGCCACUCCAUCACCACCACUGUGAUUGGUCACCACUGUGUCCCCUCCACCCGGCAGGUGGUGGUCAGGUUACAUUUGUUAAAUAAAUUGGUUAAUGGUCUUCACUCUGCA